AUGGCUAACUUUGGUCUUGUGGUGUCAGGCGCCAUUCUUCUAAUAACUAUGUAUGCCGUUAAUACUCUGGCGGUUGCUACUUUGUUGUCCGUGGCGGCUGCUGGUACCCCUACCGUGAUGAAAGGCUUUGAGGAUAGCGUCAACUUGUGGAGGGACAGGUUGCUGCCACCAACACCCGUUGACCAGGAAGCUAGCCCCGAUACCGUCACUCACCCUGACGUCGACAGCCUCCUCGCCGAUGCCGAAAGCCUCGGCGAGCAUGGCGGUCGUCUAUGCCGCGUCAAGGUGGAUCCUUUGCCCGUGGCGUGCUGGGACCUGAAAUUCGGAAGGCCGGCAGCUUGGUGCAACCCCGGUAAUAGCUGCCCCGUGAACUGCCCUGGGCCUUCUAACCUUUUGGACGCCAAGGAGGCAUCAUACUACUGGACUGCUAGUCUUCAAUGCUACGUCAACCUAGACUUGGUUGAACCCUAUAAGAAAGGGGAGAUAGCAUAA